AUGGUGGAUGUUCGGCAAGGCAGAGACAUGUUUCUUCGGCGUGCCCUGGAGAAAAUUCUCAACGAUAAGGAAACUAAGAAAUCGUACAAUUCGCAGCUGAGGAAGGCAUGCCAAGUUGCCUUAGAAGAAAUCAAUAAAAAAUACAAUGACAAGGGGGAGAAUCAACAGAAUGCAUCCGGUGCACUUCCCCUCCCUAAGACGCAAGUCAACUUCAUCGCGGCAGACCGUUACUUUCUGCCGUUUGAGUUGGCCUGUCAGUCCAAAGCCCCACGAAUCGUCAACACGGCGCUGGACUGUCUACAGAAACUGAUAGCAUAUGGCCACCUGACUGGCGAUGGACCGGACAGCACCAUGCCUGGCAAGAAGCUAAUCGAUCGCAUCAUUGAGACCAUAUGCGGUUGCUUCAUUGGUACCCAAACCGACGAAGGGGUGCAACUCCAAAUCAUCAAGGCGCUUCUAACAGCUGUCACCUCCCCAACCUGUGAGGUCCAUGAAGGAACUCUCCUGCAAGUCUUGAGGACAUGUUACAACAUCUACCUGGCCAGCAAGAACCUGGUCAACCAAACCACGGCCAAAGCGACACUCACACAGAUGCUGAAUGUCAUCUUCAAUCGCAUGGAGAUGCAGGCGGUUGCGGAUGCCAAGGUGAAAGCAGAAGGCGAAGCAGAAGCUCGACGUCAGAGCAAAGAUUCCGGAUCGCUGAACGAAGACACAGAGAAGAUCCCCGUCAUUAUCACCAACGGAGAAAAUGGUGACGGUGCUACGAAAACCUCGGACAGUGUGUUACCAAUUGGAACAUUACCGGAAGUGACUGUCAAUGACGCCAGUAGUAGCAAUCAUAUUGUGAGUGCAGAAAAUGGUCAACUGAAUCCAAAUGAAGAGGAUGUUCAAGGCAUCGUUGCCUCGAUCCUGGGCGACAUCAUCACUGAAAUCACCUCAGGGGAUGCCCCACAAGAUGCUCCAACCACCACCCCCCAGCUACCUCCGGCCUCCAAUGUAGUCACCCCCUCAGCCCCGCCCACCAAUGCUAUAACCACGCCCACCCCUUCCCCGGCGCCCACUCCUUCCCCGGUGCCCACCCUGCCGCCCAUUGGUGAUGAUGGGGACGCAGAGGCAGAGACGGAGGAACCGUUCUCUCACAUCCUUCAGAAGGAUGCGUUCUUGGUGUUCCGUUCCCUCUGUAAGCUCUCAAUGAAGCCAUUACCGGACGGGCCAGCAGACCCCAAAUCCCAUGAACUUCGUUCCAAGGUCCUAUCCCUUCACCUCCUCCUGUCAGUUCUCCAGAGCGCUGGUCCCGUGUUCCGCACCAACGACAUGUUCAUCACUGCCAUCAAGCAGUACCUGUGCGUGGCGUUGUCUAAGAAUGGUGUGUCAUCGGUACCGGAGGUCUUCGAGCUGUCUCUGGCUAUAUUCCUGACACUGCUCAGCCUCUUCAAGACUCACCUCAAGAUGCAAAUCGAGGUUUUCUUCAAGGAAAUUUUCCUGAACAUUCUGGAGACGCCUACUAGCUCCUUUGAGCAGAAAUGGAUGGUGGUUCAAGCACUGACAAGAAUAUGUGCAGAUGCCCAGUGCGUAGUGGACAUCUAUCUGAACUACGACUGCGACUUAUCAAGCGCUAACAUCUUUGAGCGAUUAGUCAGUGACCUGUCCAAGAUCGCACAGGGCCGGCAUGCAAUGGAUCUGGGUGCCACACCACAGCAGGAGAAACGCAUGCGUAUCAAAGGCUUGCACUGUCUGGUGUCCAUACUCAAAUGCAUGGUGGAAUGGAGCAAGGAUCUAUACUUCAAUCCUAACAUUCAGGCCAAUCUCGGUCAAGAGAAGGCCGUCGGCGGUGACCAAGCAGACGCAGACAGCGGUCAGGGAACAAUGACCAGCUCUGGUAGCCAAGGGUCACUUAACUCCACCCACUCUAGCUCCACCUCCAACCUGCAGUCACAAACUGCGCCCAUGGACAGUCCUGAGCAGUUUGAGAGCCAGAAACAGCAGAAGGAGAUCAUUGAACAGGGCAUUGAAAUGUUCAAUAAGAAACCCAUGAAGGGUAUCACAUUCCUGCAGGAGCACGGCAUUCUGGGUAAGAGGCCGGAUGAUAUCGCGGAUUUCUUCCAUAAAGACGAUCGGCUGAAUACCACCGUCUUAGGGGAUUUCAUGGGAGAAAACGAAAAACUCAACAAAGAGGUGAUGUACGCCUACGUAGACCAGAUGGACUUCUCCGAGAAGGAUUUCGUAGCGGCUCUUCGGUCAUUCCUGGCGGGGUUCCGUCUGCCUGGGGAGGCCCAGAAGAUUGACCGCAUGAUGGAGAAGUUUGCCAGUCGCUACGUGGACAAUAACAUCAGGCAGACGGUAUUCGCGAGCGCCGACGUUGCCUACGUACUGGCAUACUCCAUUAUAUUGCUGACGACAGACCUGCACAGUUCACAGGUCAAGCACAAGAUCUCCAAGGAGGAAUACAUCCGGAUGAAUCGUGGCAUCAAUGACAGCAAAGAUCUCCCACCAGAGUAUCUGUCAGAGAUCUACGACGAGAUCGCCUGCAACGAGAUCAAGAUGAAACCGACGACCAGUAACAAAGUGGUCACAGCAAAUGUGACUAGCGAGAAGCAACGCAAGGUGUUGUAUAACGCGGAGAUGGAGGCAUUGUCCAACACCGCUAAGGUUUUAAUGGAGAGUGUCAGCCACGUUAUGACAAGCUUCACCAGCGCGACACACCACGAGCACGUCAGACCCAUGUUCAAAGUUGCGUGGACGCCAUUCCUAGCGGCAUUCAGCGUAGGCCUCCAGGAUUGCGACGACCCGGAGAUAGCCACGCACUGCCUGGAUGGCAUCCGUUGCGCGAUCCGCAUCGCGUGCAUAUUCCGUCUGGAGAUGGAACGUGACGCGUACGUCCAAGCUCUCUCCCGUUUCACCUUACUGACCGCCAACUCCUCCAUCACGGAGAUGAAAACGAAGAACAUCGACACCAUCAAGACGCUCAUCACAGUCGCUCAUACGGAUGGGAACUACUUAGGCAAAGCAUGGCUGGAGAUCCUGAAGUGUAUAUCUCAGCUGGAGUUGGCUCAACUCAUUGGCACUGGAGUCAAGAGGAAAUUCAUCGCGGGGACAGGCGGUAGCUCGGCCGGGGGGCAUAGGAGCUCUGGACAUCACAAUGACCUGCUGGAAUCAGGAGAUGUGUCUAGAGUUCACAUGGAUCAGAAGAAAAUGGCCAGCCUACAGGAGGCGAUGGGAGAGACAUCCUCACAAGGCAUCGUGGUUGCCGUCGAUAGGAUAUUCACCGGUUCAACACGUCUAGAUGGGGAUGCAAUAGUUGACUUUGUGCAAGCCCUGUGCCAAGUAUCCAUGGAGGAACUACAGGCGACAAACACCUGUCGCAUGUUCAGCUUGACUAAGAUUGUUGAGAUCUCGUACUACAACAUGGGCCGUGUGCGUGUACAAUGGUCUCGCAUCUGGAGCAUACUGGGCGACCAUUUCAACAAGGUGGGAUGUAAUCCUAAGGAAGAUGUAGCUUUCUUUGCCAUCGACUCCCUCCGACAACUCUCCAUGAAGUUCCUGGAGAAGGGAGAAUUGCCCAACUUCAAGUUCCAGAAAGAGUUCUUGCGGCCGUUUGAGUACAUCAUGAAGAAGAACAAGUCAUCCACCAUAAGAGACAUGGUUGUUCGCUGUAUAGCUCAGAUGGUCAACUCCCAAGCCAUCAAUAUCCGAUCUGGUUGGAAGAACGUCUUUUCAGUCUUCCAUCUGGCUGCGGCCGAUCAUGAAGAAGGCAUCGUAGAACUGGCAUUCCAGACCACUGGCAACAUUGUCAGCAAUGUGUUUGAGAAGUAUUUCGGCGCCACGCUAGACUCCUUUCAAGACGCUGUCAAGUGUCUGUCGGAGUUUGCCUGCAACGCAGCCUUCCCUGACACGAGCAUGGAGGCAAUCCGGCUCAUACGGAGCUGUGCCAAAUACGUCAUGGAAAAGCCGCAGAUGUUUCGUGAGCAUGUAGGAGACCACGAGACACCUAUUGAUGAAGACGAUCGUAUCUGGGUCAAGGGAUGGUUCCCUGUUCUCUUUGAGUUGUCCUGCGUCAUCAAUAGGUGUAAACUAGACGUCAGAACAAGGGGGCUGACCGUCAUGUUUGAGAUUAUGAAGAGCUACGGCCACACAUUCUAUCAACAUUGGUGGAAGGAUCUCUUCAGGAUCGUCUUCCGAAUCUUCGACAACAUGAAGCUCCCGGAACAGAUCUUAGAAAAAACUGAGUGGAUGAUGACGACGUGCAACCAUGCCCUGUUCGCCAUCGUAGACGUCUUCACGCAAUACUUUGACGUUCUCAAUGAGAUACUCCUUGAAGACUUACUCCAGCAGCUCCUGUGGUGCGUCCAACAAGACAAUGAGCAAUUGGCGCGGUCAGGCACCAACUGCCUAGAGCAGCUCGUGAUCUGCAACGGACCAUCGUUCAGCAAAGCUACGUGGGACCGUGUCUGUACAUGCAUGCUGGACAUCUUCAAGAACACCAUACCUCACGGUUUGUUGACGUGGAAACCAGAGGAACAUCAUGGCGAUGCUGACACGGUCAGCAGGGAUUCUGUACCAUCACCUGACCAUGAGUCUCCGGCCAAACCGCCCGGCUCCCCCGCCUUCAUCGACAAGGAGAACCACCCCCAGCCUACCGCGUCCGAGCGUAGAUCAGACCUACGCCGAGCUGGCAGUGAGCACAGCGUGGCCAGCGCUACCAGCAUGGAGAGCAAGACUAGCAGCAGGACCAUGGACAUACACAAAACUGCUGCUGACCAAAAGAUCUUUGCCAACCUGCUCAUCAAGUGUGUCGUCCAGCUAGAGCUCAUUCAGACCAUUGAUAACAUUGUAUUCUUCCCGGCCACCAGUCGACACGAAGACGCUGACAACCUCAAAGCGGCACAGGACAAUACAAUGGAUCAGUUAUCGGUGUCCUCCGAGUCCACUCUGAGCGGUGAGGAUCCAGGCAUGUAUCGUUUCCUUUCGUCCAGUCAGCUUUUCCUGCUCAUGGAUUGUCUGAUGGAAUCACACAGCUUCGCCAAAGAGUUCAACAGCAACAACGGGCAGCGGGAACUGCUCCGAUCGGCAGGAUUCCGUGGGAAGAACAAGCCCAACCUGUCUACCCAGGAGACAGCUAGCCUGGCCUGCUGUCUACGUAUCCUCUUCAAGAUGUACAGUGAUGAAACCAGGCAAGCUGAAUGGCCUGCUAUCGAAGAAAAACUCCUCAGUGUUUGCCAAAGUGCUCUAGAAUACUUCAACUCAUUAGACUCAGAGAGCCACCGGGCGGCCUGGAAGUCACUGCUGGUCCUCCUAUUGACCAAAAUACUCAAGAUGAGUGACGAGAGGUUCAAGAUCCACGCUUCCAAGUACUACGCUCAAAUGUGCGAGGUCGUCAUGUUUGACCUCCGACCUGAGCUGAGGUCAAUAUUCCGCAAGUUUCUGCUGAGAACGGGCGUCGUCUUUGGCAUUGUUGCAUCCCCUAGAUGAGGGUAAGACGAAAACACAGUGACGCACAUGGUGAUACAUGCAUGGUCUAUGGUGAUACACACCGUGACAGACACCAUGAUACAUGCUACCGACAUCACCACCCUGAUACUACAGUAACACACACCGAUACAAAUACAGCGAUACACCCAACCGUGGUUGGAUCAUUAAGAUAUAUAAAAAAAAAUAUUGUUUUCCUAGAUUUUUUUUUUAAUUUAGCAAAUGGGGACGUGCAAAUCUGAAACAAAAUAGGAAAUUAAUAAAAAAUACCAAACAUUUCAUUGGUUUUAAUAUCUCAAAUGAAAAUAAUCUGAGAGGACUAUUUUUUGUAAAACACAAGAAUUUUUGUAGUAUGGUCGAACUUUUACGUGUCGGACCGUUUUUUUUUCUUUAUUGAGGUCAUAUGAAGUUUGCAUUAAAGUAACAGCGUUAUUUUUUUGCAGAUUUUGUUUUAGAAAUUUAUAUAGGUCACUCAUGAUUUGGAUUCGAGCACUGAAAUGUACUGUUGUGUUACGUAUUUACUUGCACCGCGGAUUUCAUAUGGGAAAGUUAUAUUAAAUGUGAAUGUGAUGCCAUUGUACAUUCGCGUCGAUAUUUAGACGAGUAUGUACCAGUCAAUGGGCUCAGUGCGCAAAUACCCCCUCAACGGUAAGAAAGGGAGAGUUUGGGGAGACCACUGGGAUAGACAUGUGGACGCAUUUCUGACGACGCCUGACGCUCACGCGAAGAUGCUCUGGCUUUCUGCACAUUCAGAAUACAAUAAGUCGUGCGUACUUCGCGCUGUGUGCGCGCGAACCAGUAAUCGCAUGCCGUCCACUGCGCUUUUGAAAGUGGUAAAAUAGCGCCCUCUAUUGUUUGCGCACGGAAUCCAUAGGUAUCGUACUACGGCAAUUGUAUUCAUCGGCAAUAUUCGCAACCCGAUUGACAUUUCUCAAAGUACGAACAGAAACGGACCGCUUGCCUGUUUUAUUGUUUGCAGGUAAAUAAACGUUCUAGCGACACUUUUUUUCAUAUUUUCCAAAUUGGAAAAGACUCGCAUAUGGCAAUAGUCAAUAAGAUUUCAGUCUUAAAUUGAAACAACAAACAUUAUCUUGCUUAACAUAAUACUUUCUCAAAGAAUUUCCAACUAAUAGUUGUGUUUAUAAAAUGCGUAUCAAUUGUUUUUCCGUAAAAUGUUACUUUUGCAUUCCUCUCUCUAUUUUAAUUCAAGAAAUUUCUUUAAAAUGUCUACGAUAUAAAAUAAAUGUAUUUCAAUAAAAGCUUAUUAGUCAAAUUUAAAAAAAAAGUUCAUGUAUUUUUAUGUCACCGAGAAACAGCAUUCCUACUAGAACGAUGUACAUUAGUCACAAAGUAAAACCCCAAACUUAAUGUGGACUGUAUAAAUUAAAAUUUGAUAAAAAAAACAAAGAAAUAAUCAUAAUUUUUGCGUUGUAUACAAAAAUGAAUGUAUCUUUUAUACACUCCCAAGCUGUACAUGUGUACCGUAUCUCCAAUCGUUUUUAGGAAUAAGUCUUUGUUUUGUCCUUAAAGUCGAUCGGAGGUAAUUAAAAAUUGAGUUAUUCAUAUUUAGUUUGAUGGCGUAUAUUUUGUGUUAACAUUUAUUGAAAAAAAAAACAGAUUUAAGGAAAUGUGAUUUCCAGCCUUAGGUUCCGCAGCAAUUUUCCUAUUUUAAAAAGCUUUGAUUGAAAUGUGGGCUAGUUAGAAAUAAAAACUUGUUUAUGGGCAGUCAAGUGUAUUUUUUUCUUGGUUGUAGACCACUAGACUGGUAUCCUGACUUCAUUUAAUGAGGACAGGUAAUCGUGCCCCAUCUUCAUAGAUUUCAUUGGUUGUUGCAACAAUUAGUUCUUCCUUCCUGUCAUUUGAUUGGCUGAUUACAGAUGUUUUGUGGUGCAUUCCCUGUUGACAUAUUAACCUUUGACCCUAUGUCAAAGGUCAUGUGUCAAAGGUCAUGUGUCAGAGGUCAUUCAGACAGAAAGCUGGUGGUACUGAAGGGGCAGUUCUCUGACCUGAAUCCAAAAUUGAGCAAUUAUGCACCUGAUGCAUUUUCGAAACCAGGCUUUGUUUUCAGAUGUGGCUUCCGGAGACUGUUUCCAUGUAAACGUGAUGGAAGCCGAAACUGGAGGCAAGAACGAAGUUUCAAAACUUGCAACAAGGAAAGAUGAGUUCCCAAAAUAUUAAUUUAUUGAUUUCCAACGAUACCAAGAGUUAAAAAAAAACUAGAAAAAUGAAUAUUUUUACUGCGUAGAUUGUUUUACUUUAAAAAUGAAAUAUUAAAUGAGAAAAAUUACAGCUUACAGCAGCUCUGUAAUGCAAUGUACAAAUUGUAGAAAUUAAUAAAAAAAAAUGAGCCAGCCACGAUUUCAGAUUUUGUCCCAAACUCGAUCAUGAUUUAACUUUACCGAGUUUGAGUUUGUGUUCAACUAAAGUCAUUGCUUAUAAAUUAGUUUUACUAAAUCCUUGUAACUCCUAGCUCCCUCACGUGUAGGUUUUUUGCUCUACGUCUAAAAUUGUUAGAGGGAUCUUUAGGAAAACAUGUAAUUGGUAUUUUAAUAUUUCAUGUUUUGUAGCCAUGUUUCAGAACUGGCCGUUGUUUAUAGUUUUUUGUGAUGUACAUAUGCAUUGGGAACCAAUACAUGUAAUUAAUUAAUACAGUAUGGACACAGUUUAAAUAGAGAUUGUUACUUUAAGAAUAUAUUCUCAUGUUUUUGUUGUGAUUAUGUUGUAACUCAGAUGAUUAAAUGUCUAAGAUGCUAUUCUAUUAA